GCAGGUGUCUCUGCCGACAUCUGCGUCAGUUCACUGGGGAAUCACGAGCAUCCUGCAGCUCCUGCACUGAUGGAACCACGGAAGUGACCAGGAUCCACGUUUACAAGUGGCUGCACAUCAGCCGGCUCUGAAGGUUCAGACUCCAGAAAACACUCAGAGAGGGAAGAUGACAGAGCUGUCGGAGCUCUGAGACACACACACACACACAUUAGAAGUGAGAAGACUCUUCACCAUCACUGCUGCUGCUGCUGCUGCUGCUGCUGCUGCUGCUGCUCGGUGGAGACUGUAAUCUGUGUGUGAGGACUGUUCAGACCUGAAUAGACGUCUCCCCUCCAGCUGUUACUUCACCAGAGGCUGCAGAGCCAGCGUGUCAUCAUGUGGACGAAAGGCUUUCUUCUGGGCUUCGCCACCAUGGUCCUGGUGUUCCAGCUCUCCACGGCCGGCCUGGUGAAGGUCCUCCGCCACCGCAGAGAGGCUCUUAUGCCCAAGAAAACCCAGGAGAACCUCACCCUGCCCCACCCCGACCAGCCGGUGGUGUUCAACCACGUCUACAACAUCAAUGUCCCCUCCACGUCCCUCUGCUCCGUGGACCUGGACUCACCGGGAGCCACAGAGGUCAAACCAAGAACCCACGCCCCGAUGAACGUGCAGAAUGAGGAGCACAUUGAGCACACGGUCGACGGAGACAAUCAGAUCGUUUUCACCCACCGCAUCAACAUCCCCAAGCAGACGUGCAACUGCAACAACCAGGUGCCGGACAUGAAGGACAUCCUGAACAGGCUUGAGAUGCUGGAGGCCGAGCUGUCCAGUCUGAGGGAGCAGUGCAGCAGCGGCGCAGGAUGCUGUGGAGCUCAGGUUACAGGCGAAGUCGUCACAAAGCCUUACUGCAACGGUCGUGGGAACUGGAGCAGUGAAACCUGCACCUGUACAUGUGAACCCGGGUGGAAAGGCCCCAACUGCACCGAACCCGAGUGUCCCAACGACUGCCAGGACCAGGGUCGCUGCGUGGACGGCAAAUGCGAAUGCUUCGAGGGCUUCGGCGGUGACGACUGUGCCGUGGAACUCUGUCUGCUCGACUGUGGCGACUACGGCCACUGCGUCGAGGGCUCCUGCCUCUGUGAGGAAGGCUUCCUCGGUAUCGACUGCUCCCAGACUAACUGCCUCAACAACUGUCUCGGCCGCGGACGCUGCGUAGAGGAUGAGUGUGUCUGCGACGAGCCGUGGACGGGCUUCGACUGCUCUGAACUCAUCUGCCCCAAUGACUGCUACGACCGGGGACGCUGCAUCAACGGCACCUGCUACUGUGACGAAGGCUUCACCGGGGAAGACUGCGGCAAUCUCACAUGUCCCGGUGACUGCAAUAGUCGUGGCAUGUGCGUGAAUGGCCUGUGUGUGUGCCAGACUGGCUACAGCGGAGAGGACUGCUCAAAGCUCACGUGUCCGUCAGACUGCAAUGAGAAAGGCCACUGCUUCAACGGGAAGUGCAUCUGUGAUCCAGGGUUCGAGGGCGAAGACUGCUCCAUCCUUUCAUGCCCUGACAACUGCAGCAACAGGGGACAGUGCAUUAAUGGAGAAUGUGUCUGCGACAUUGGGUACCAAGGCGAAGACUGUAGCGAGAUCUCCUGCCCUAACAACUGCCACGACCGCGGCCGCUGCGUCGACGGACUGUGCAUAUGCGACAAGGGAUUCGCUGGAGAGGACUGCAGUGUCAAAACCUGUCCUAAAGAUUGCCUGGGACGCGGUGAAUGCAUUGACGGCAAGUGCGCAUGCUUUGCUGGUUUCGUGGGUAAAGACUGCAGCGAGCUGACCUGUCCCAACGACUGUCUGGACCGCGGCCACUGCGUGAAUGGACAAUGUGUUUGUCACAAAGGCUUCACCGGUGAGGACUGCAGUGAGCUGACCUGUCCUAACAACUGCCAGGACAAUGGUCGCUGCGUGAAUGGACAAUGUGUUUGUCAUAAAGGCUUCACCGGCGAGGACUGCAGCGAGAAGACGUGUCCCAACAACUGUCAGGACAACGGCCACUGCGUGAAUGGACAAUGUGUUUGUCAUAAAGGAUUCGAGGACUGCAGCACGUGUCCCAACAACUGUCAGGACAACGGCCACUGCGUGAACGGACAAUGCAUUUGUCAUAAAGGCUUCACUGGGGAGGACUGCAGUGAGAAGACGUGUCCCAACAACUGUCUCGACAGAGGUUUCUGUGUCGAUGGCAACUGUGUGUGCUACGAGGGUUUCACCGGAACGGACUGCUCUGUGCUGACCUGCCCGGGCGACUGCCAGAACCAGGGACGCUGUGAGAAUGGACUGUGUAUCUGUGACGAGGGCUUCAUCGGAGAGGACUGUUCUGAAGUCUCACCGCCCAAGGACCUGAAGGUGGUGGAGGUCACCCCCGAGACCGUGGACCUGUCCUGGGAGAAUGAGAUGCGUGUGACUGAGUACCUGAUCACCUACGUCCCCACAGCACCAGGGGGCCUGGAGCUGGACAUGCGGGUCCCUGGAGACCAGAAGAUGGCCACGAUCCGGGAGCUGGAACCUGGCAUCGAGUACCUGGUCAACGUCUUUGCGAUUCUUAGCAACAAGAGGAGCGUUCCUGUCAGCGCCCGAGUGGCGACGCAUCUGCCUGAGCCUGAAGGACUCAAGUUCAAGUCAGUGAGGGAGUCGUCCGUGGAGGUGCAGUGGGAUCCACUGAACAUUCCCUUUGACGGCUGGAACCUCAUCUUCAGGAACACGAAAGAGGAGGACGGUGAGAUUCUGAACGCGCUCGGUCGUCCAGAGACCACCUUUGAGCAGUCGGGCCUGGGCCCCGGCCAGGAGUACGAGGUCAAGCUGGAGGUGGUGAAGAACAAGAAGCGUGGGCCGCCGGCGUCCAAGAACAUCGUCACAAGAAUCGACGCUCCCAGCCGCGUGGACGUACGCGACGUGACGGACACCACCGCCCUGGUGACCUGGUUCCAGCCCGUGGCUCACGUGGAAGGCGUGAGCGUCUCGUACGGACCGAGCUCGGAUCCCAGCGACCGCAGCGUGGUGGAGCUGAGCAACACCGACACCCAGUAUCACCUGGGAGGCCUCGCCCCCGACACCCACUACGAGGUUUCCCUGACGGCGCGGCUGGGAGACAGAAGCAGCAUUCCAGUGUACGAGUCCUUCCUCACAGACCUGGACGCCCCCAGAGACCUGCAGACGGUGGAACUGACCGACGAGACCAUCACCCUGGAGUGGACCAACAGUCACGCGCAGGUGGACAACUACCGCAUCAAGUACGGAACGCUGUCCGGAGGCGAACACGGAGAACUGCUCUUCACCGCGGGACCGAAGGAAACCACGCAGGCCAAGAUCACCGGCCUGAGACCCGGCACAGAGUACGGGAUGGGAGUCACGGCGGUGAAAGAUGAGCGCGAGAGUCUGCCCACGACGACCAACGCCGUGACCGCUCUGGACGCUCCCAAAGACCUGACGGUGACCGAAGUGUCAGAAACCACCAUCACACUGGAGUGGAAGCGUCCUCUCGCCAAAAUGGACGCCUACAGACUGGUGCACGUGUCCGCGGACGGCCACAGGCGCGAGGACACGAUCCCGGUCGGCACGGAGACUCACGUCCUGAAGGGCCUGACGCCCGGCAUGUUGUACACCAUCAGUGUCACGGCGGAGAGAGGACGCAGGACCAGUGUCCCCACGACUGUCUCAGCACCAACAGACGAGGAGAAGCCUGUGGUGAGCGACGUUACGGUGAGCGACGUGUCGUGGGACAGCUUCCUCUUGUCCUGGUCGGCCGAGGACAGGGCGUUUGACGCCUUCCUCGUCGAGGUGACCGACGCGGAGACGGGCGCCGAGUGGCAGAACCACACGGAGCCCGGCGACGCUCGCAGCUUCGUCGUCACCGGCCUCUCGCCCUCCACCUGGUACAGGGCUAACCUGUACGGGGUUUACAGGGGCGUCCUGUUAGACCCGGUAUUUGCAGAUACCAUCACAGACACCGAACCCAAGGUGGACGCUCUCCUAGUCUCCGACGUCACCCCCGACAGCUUUAGUCUGGCCUGGACGGCCGAAGAGGACGCCUUUGACACCUUUGUGCUAAUGGUGAGCCAGGCCGAGGGCCUGGGCCAAGCACCGAGAGAGCUGGUGCUGGGCGGCGAAGAGCGAACCGCGGUGAUGACAGAACUCUCUGAGGACACAGAGUACAAAAUACAAAUCUUUGGGCUUAUUACGGGAAGAAGCUCCAAGUCAGUAACGGAGUGGGUGAGAACAGAUCUGGGAGCUCCCAAAGGAAUCCGCUUCUCUGAUGUCACCGACACGUCCGCCACCGUUCACUGGGCGCUGCCGAGAGCUCGCGUGGACAACUACAGGGUCACGUAUGUCCCUGCACACGGAGGUUACGCUAAGACUGUGACUGUGGACAGUUCAGAGUCUCACACUGUGCUGCCCAACCUGACCCCCGGGGUCACCUAUCAGGUCACCGUCAUCGCGGUCAAAGGUCAGCGGGAGAGUGAGCCGGGGUCAGACAGUGUCACCACAGCUCUGGACAAGCCUCGCGGUCUGACCGCGGUCAACAUCACAGACACCGUCGCGCUGCUGCUGUGGCAGCCCGCCUUCGCCACCGUGGACGGUUACGUCCUCACGUACAGCGCAGACUCAGUGGCUCCGGUGAUGGAGCGCGUGUCAGGGAACGUGGUGGAGUUUGAGAUGAGCUCUCUGACGCCGGCGACGCACUACACUGUGAAGAUUUACGCGGUGAGAGACUUGGCCAAGAGCGCAGCCACGACGACCGAGUUCACCACCGACGUGGACGCCCCUCAGGAUCUGACUGCCACUAACAUCCAGACAGAAAGCUGCUUGUUGACAUGGAAACCUCCUCGCGCCGACAUCACCGGCUACAUCCUGAGCUUUGAUUCAGCUGACGGCGCCUUCAGGGAGGUUGUUCUCAGUCCCACUGCUGUGUCGUACAACAUGGCUCAGCUCAGCGCCUCCACUGAGUAUUCAGUCAGACUGCAGGCCAUCGCUGGACCUAAGAGGAGCAGAAUCAUCACCACUGUCCUCACCACCACUGGUGUGUUGUACAGACAUCCCAGAGACUGCUCUCAGGCUCUGCUGAACGGCGACACAUCAUCAGGUCUGUACACCAUCUACGUGGGAGGAGACGAAAACCAGCCCGUCCAGGUUUACUGUGACAUGGGCACUGAUGGAGGCGGAUGGAUCGUUUUCCUCAGACGCCAGAGCGGGAAGCUGGAGUUUUUCCGCAACUGGAAGAAUUACACGGGCGGCUUUGGUGACAUGAAUGAUGAAUUCUGGCUCGGUUUGUCCAACCUUCAUAAGAUCACAGCAGGAGGUCAGUACGAGCUGCGGGUCGACCUGAGAGACAAAGGCGAAGCCGCUUACGCUCAGUACGACAAGUUCUCCGUAUCUGAACCUCGAACCCGCUACAAAGUGCACGUGGGUGGAUACAGUGGAACAGCAGGCGACUCCAUGACGUAUCACCACGGUCGUCCGUUCUCCACCUACGACCACGACAACGACAUCGCCGUCACCAACUGCGCCCUGUCCUACAAAGGAGCGUUCUGGUAUAAAAACUGUCACCGGGUCAACCUCAUGGGACGAUACGGAGACAACAGUCACAGCAAGGGCGUGAACUGGUUCCACUGGAAAGGCCACGAGCACUCGAUCGAGUUCGCCGAGAUGAAGAUCAGACCCUCCAACUUCAGAAACCUGGAGGGACGGAGGAAACGAUCAUAAACAAACCACCACCGACCCCCUCCACUAACAAACAACACCGCUACUUCUCUGUCAGGACUCCACCCCCUUCUCCAAACAACCACCAUGAGCACCCGCCCACAUCCACCCGCCCACCCAGCAGCAACCAAAGCCACUGCCGAGAGCCUCACUGCCUCCACACGUCUCCAGCCGCGAUCUUCCUUCCCUCCUUCGUCACACGGCCGUGGAAAACGACGCAGUGCUGAAAUCAGUUUGCAUGUUUUAAAAAACACAAAAAAAACUGGAAUUCAAAUCAAACCCAUGCAGAUUCGUCUUCACGCACCAAAGAGAGCGGGAACAUCUCGAUGUCACCUCCUUCUGCUCGCGUCAGUCAUGGAGAGGAAGGACGGGAGUGUUUAUGGUUCAGUGUUUGGGUUCAGGGUUUGUUUUUUUAUCGUGAACUGUUUCCACGUACGGUUCUGAUUUAAACAUUCAUCAUCUCAGAUGUGUUCAUGUCUUCACUCGUGUCAGUGUCACUUCUGUCCUCCACAGGUUUCCUUCCCCUCGUCUCCUUCAACACAAGCCAACGUUCGAUGGAAAAAAAUCCCAUAGGAAAGUAUUAAACCGGCCACGUCCCACAUUCUCCCGGAUCUUUCCAUUUAUGCUGCGUUCCAUUUGUAGUCGGAACCCGGGAAUUUCCAAGAUCAUGAUUAGAAACCUAGAAACCCAUUUUUGUCCACACGAGGUGCGCCAACCCCAGCCACAACAACCAUCACUCUCUCACCUACUUUUUUUAAGGUUAAGGUUAAGGGUUUUAAG